AUGCAUAUCCAAGAGAUGCUGGCCGAGGCCGAGAGGACGGGCAACCCGUCCUUCUCCUUCGAGUACUUCCCGCCCAAGACAGCACAGGGUGUGCAGAACCUCUACGAUCGCAUGGAGCGCAUGUACCACUUUGGCCCCAAGUUCAUUGACAUCACCUGGGGCGCCGGCGGCCGCAUCGCCGAGCUCACGUGCGAAAUGGUGGUGCAGGCCCAGACGUACCUCGGCCUCGAGACUUGCAUGCACCUUACCUGCACCGACAUGGGCGAGGAGCAGGUCAACGACGCCCUCCACAAGGCCUACAAGGCCGGCUGCACCAACAUCCUGGCCCUCCGCGGCGAUCCCCCUCGCGAGAAGGAGAAGUGGGAGGCUACCGACGGCAACUUCCGCUACGCCCGCGACCUCGUGUCCCACAUCCGCCAGUCCUACGGCAACCAUUUCGAUAUUGGCGUUGCCGGCUACCCCGAGGGUUGCGACGACAACAAGGACGAGGAUAUGCUCCUCGACCAUCUCAAGGAGAAAGUCGACAUGGGCGCCACCUUCAUCGUCACCCAGAUGUUCUACGACGCGGACAAUUUCGUGCGCUGGGUCGAGAAGGUACGGGCUCGCGGCAUCACCGUGCCCAUCGUUCCCGGCAUCAUGCCAAUUGCGACCUACGCCAGUUUUCUUCGCCGCGCGAAUCACAUGAACUGCAAAAUUCCCGACGGCUGGCUGGAGAAGCUUGAGCCGAUAAAGAACGACGAUGUGGCUGUCCGCGAGAUCGGCAAGACCCUCGUCGCUGGCUUGUGCCGGCAGAUCCUGGCGGCCGGGAUCAGGCAUCUGCAUUUUUACACCAUGAACUUAGCGCAGGCCACCCGUAUGGUGCUCGAAGAACUGGACUGGAUGCCAUCUCCGGACCGCCCCCUGAAGCAAGCACUCCCUUGGAAGCAGUCCCUCGGGCUCGGCCGCCGUGGUGAGGAUGUCAGGCCCAUCUUCUGGCGCAACCGGAACAAGUCGUACAUUGCGCGCACCCAAGACUGGGAUGAGUUCCCUAACGGCCGGUGGGGUGACUCGAGGUCUCCCGCCUUUGGUGAACUGGACGCCUACGGUAUCGGCCUAACGGGCAACAAUGAGCAAAACCGCAAGAAGUGGGGAGAGCCUCAGACCAUCGGAGAGAUUGCCAACAUGUUUGUCCGAUAUCUGAAUAAGGAAAUCGAGUACCUUCCUUGGAGCGAGGCACCCUUGACGAGCGAGGCCGAUUUGAUCAAAAAUGAUUUGAUUAGCCUCAACAAGAGAGGUCUCAUCACAGUAAAUUCUCAACCGGCUGUCAACGGCGUCAAGUCGUCUCAUCCCGUACAUGGCUGGGGCCCUACGAAUGGAUACGUCUACCAGAAAGCCUAUCUCGAGCUGCUUGUCUCUCCGGAAAUCUUCCCCGAGAUCAAGAGACGCAUUCACGGUCACCCUGAUCUGACCUACUAUGCUGUGACUAAAUCAGGUAGCCUGCACACCAAUGCGCCAUCUGAGGGCCCCAAUGCUGUUACAUGGGGCGUGUUCCCUGGUAAGGAAAUCGUCCAGCCUACCAUAGUUGAGAGCAUCAGCUUCCUGGCCUGGAAAGACGAAGCUUUCCGGCUUGGGGUAGACUGGGCCCGCUGUUAUGAGACAAACACCCCCAGCCGCCUCGUGCUUGAGCAGAUCAUGAACACGUGGUAUCUUGUAAAUAUCGUGAACAACGACUUUCACGAGCAACGAAUAAUUUUCGAGGUCCUGAGCGACCUCAAAGUUCUGGACCUUGACAAGGUGCCAACGGCCCCCACCAACGGGACGACGAACGACACAACCAAUGGGGCAACCAAUGGGGCAAUCAAUGGCACAACUAACGGCGACGCCAACGGAACCCAUCACUCUACAAACGGUGUCGAGGCUUCAACAGUACCUCAGUAA